GAUUGGACCCCACCACUCCUUGUCUAUUUUUACUUUCCCAUAAAUCAACGGCUCCGGUUGUAAUGUCACAGUGUUUGAUGCGAUAAAAUGCAUGGUAGCCGUCAGAUGGGGCGGAUGCUCAUAAAAAUGCAUCUCAACGGCUGAGAUGAAUGCGUUGACUUUAGUAGGAGUAAAUCACAAAGUGGAAGGAAGGAAGGAGAUUUUCGCUAAUAAAAAGACGAACCCCGCUCGAGCUCUGCUUCCCUCUUCCUCUCUAUCUCUCGAUCCUUCAAAGCGGCCAUUGGAGGUCUCGAAGAACCAUUUUAAGCUAUACUUCUGAUCUCGAGAUUCGUGCGAGAAGAUAACUUUCUGGGGAAUUAUUUGACUCUCUGCUUAAGGGUGACCACAAGAUCUUGACGAAAAAAUGGAAACAGAAGAUGAUCUUUGUAAGAACAACUGGGGAGGCGCAUCUUCUUCUUCGUCUUCCAAAAGGCGUGAGCAGGUAUGCUUCACGUCACAGCACAAGUGGGAAGAUGCUUCUAUCUUGGAUUACGAGAUGGGUAUGGAGGAAGAGCCUGCUUUCCAAGAAAACAGCAACAACAACAACGGUGGUCAAGUUAAUGUUGAUUUCCUCCAAGGCGUCAGGGCUCAAGCGUGGGAUCCGAGGACGAUGCUGAGCAACUUGUCUUUUAUGGAAGAGAAGAUUCACGAGCUCCAGGAUCUUGUUCAUCUGAUGGUUCGCCGAAACGGGCAGCUUCAAGGUCGUCAAGAACAGCUCGUUGCUCAUCAGCAGCAGCUCAUAACCACUGAUCUUACUUCCAUAAUCAUACAGCUGAUUUCAACUGCAGGUAGUCUUCUUCCAUCUGUUAAGCAUCAUAAUAUGUCAACAGCGCCGGGUCCAUUCACCGGUUCAGCCUUGUUCCCUUAUCCAAGGGAGGCUAAUAACCUUGCUUCGCAGACCCUAAACAACAACACUUGCGAGUUCGAUUUGCCUAAGCCCAUUGUUGUCGAAGAGAGGGAAAGCCAUGUUGUAGAAGAACAUGAAAUGAAAGACGAAGAUGAUGUGGAGGAAGGAGAGAAUCUUCUUCCCGGUUCUUACGAGAUACUGCAGCUCGAGAAAGAGGAGAUCCUCGCUCCCCAUACUCACUUCUGCACCAUCUGUGGCAAAGGUUUCAAGAGAGACGCUAACCUGAGGAUGCACAUGAGAGGGCACGGAGAUGAGUACAAAACUCCUGCUGCUCUGGCUAAACCCAACAAAGAAGCCGCACCCGGGUCUGAGCCGAUGCUGAUCAAAAGAUACUCCUGCCCAUUCCCUGGUUGCAAACGUAACAAGGAUCACAAAAAGUUCCAGCCGUUGAAGACGAUUCUAUGCGUGAAGAACCACUAUAAACGCACCCACUGCGACAAAAGCUUCACUUGCAGCCGCUGCCAUACCAAGAAAUUCUCUGUCAUUGCCGAUCUCAAAACCCACGAGAAGCACUGCGGGAAAAACAAGUGGCUCUGUUCCUGUGGCACUACAUUCUCGAGGAAAGACAAGCUGUUUGGUCACAUUGCUCUGUUCCAAGGACACACGCCUGCCAUCCCACUUGAAGAGACGAAACCUUCUGCGCAGCGAGGGAGCUCUGCUUGCGAGAACAGCAACAACAACAACAACACAGGAAUGGUUGGUUUCAAUCUUGGCUCUGCAACAAAUGCUAUUGAAGAAGUCGCACAGCCUGGAUUCAUGGAUGGGAAGAUACGUUUCGAGGACUCGUUCUCGCCGCUGAGCUUUGACACGUGUAAUUUUGGAGGGUUCCAUGAGUUCCCACGACCCAUGUUUGAUGAUUCAGAGAGUUCAUUUCAAAUGCUUAUUUCAAGUGCCUGUGGUUUCUCUCCCAGGAAUGGUGGUGAGUCUGUUUCAAAUACUAGUCUUUAAAUCAUUUGCAAUAUAUGAUUAAGCUAUCUAAGUUGUUCUUGGCCUUUUUAGCCUCUAGGCAGCUCCUUUUCUGUCUGUAAUUUGUUAUUUUCUAGAAUAAUAUCAGGAGAGCAAAAAGUGGAUUUCCUUUUCUUAUGUCAUGUAAUAUAAGAAAGUUUAGUUUCUUUUUUC